AUGCAAUAUCAAGAUGUGGAAGAAGUGGCCAUGGAAGAGGAAGAAACCCCUUUGACAAUAUACAAGGCAAUCCACAAAGAGGCGGCAGAAAGACAAGACAAGCUAGAAAGGCAAAUAGAACAGAUGGGAAAGAUGCUAAACAAACUUUUGGAAAAUGGAAACAUGAUACCUAAUAACAAAUCCAAACAAAUAUAA